GAAGAAGUGUGGAGAGUUUGGGUGUUGUACCCCUAAAACUGUAGGAGGAGUAGCGUUUUCAACCCAACAUCAUAACAAUCAUAACUUCUUAAGUCACUCUUCUUAACUCAUUCAACCAAAUUUAUUUUCAAAUUGCAGCCCUGUUAUACAUUUUACCGUUAAUAUACAUUUUUUUUAUUAAUGUAUUUUUUUAAACAGCCAUUAACUGUCAUCAGAAGGACAGUUUAUAGCUGAAAAAAUGGAAACUCAUUUAGACAGAUACCUUGGUAAAUAAAAACCUCAGCAUUUUAAACACAAAGUGAAAUAACAAUAAAACUUCAUACACCAUUUAAAGUCAUUUUCUUAACUCAUUUAACAAAAUUAAUUUUCAAAUUGCAGCCCUAUUAUACAAUUUCACCGUUAAUAUUAAUUUUUUUUAUUAAUGUAUUUUUUUAAACAGUACUGGAAACUGGGUUGUAUUCUUUAGUUACCAGUUUUUUUUUAAUACAGGUUAUUGUUACAAGUAAAUUGAUUUACUUAUUACAUAAUUCAUGCAGGAUGGAAUGACUAGAAAUAGCCUGGGGCUCUAAGCUUUAUCCAGAAACCUGUCAGUCUGAGCAUCCAUAUAUGGGCAACAUUGUGAUGUCAUAAUAUGAGUGGCUAAGCUUUAUCCCCAUACCUGUCAGCCUGAGCAUCCAUAUAUGGGCGUCAUUGUGAUGUCAUAAUGGCAGUGUAGCAAGAAGACCGUGUCAUAUUCCGAAAGCUGUCAGUCAUUGGAUUGCUUUUGAUGAGUGUAGAUACCUCACAUAGCAAUGCAAUUUUUUAAUGUUCUUAUUAUUUUUCUUAUUAUUUUUUUGAAUCUUAUACUUUUAGCACAGGCAUGUGUAGAAUGCAGCAAUAAAGUGAGCCAAGCACUAAUAAAGUACCGCAAAAAAGCCCUUAAUUUGAGGGUGAAGAAUUCUGAUAUUGGAUUACGUGCCUCUCUGAUGGUAAUGGAAAUGGAAAGCAACUACUUUAAAAAAUAUGCCUCAAAUCAUUAUAGUGGAUACAUAGACUAUCAGGAUCUGGGUGCGAUUGUCCAAAGAUUGCUGAACAAAUUACCAAGUGUUAUUAACUUUAAUGGUUCAGAUGAACAAUAUUUUGAUAAUCUUGUCAGUUUUCGCAAGGGAAUCAUUGAGGAUUUGAAACCAGCCUUAAAAAAGGCUCAUGAUUUAGUCUGUUCACCAUCAGAAUGUGAAAACCUGAAAGAAAUGGUCAACUGUGAAGAGUGCAAAACUAUGAUUAACUCGCUUUGCCAAGGACCAAGUGUAUGUAAAGGAGAUCGAGAAAGACGAAUUGCAGUUGAGACUGCACAGGUUGAUGCGACAGCAGUGAAAUUGACCAACAUAGCAAUGGGCAUUGCAGUAAUUGCAGGAUUUAUAGUCUUUGUACUACUUGUAGCAAUUGCUUUAAUAUACACAUACUACACCAGGAAAGAAAUAGCAUUAUUUACAGUUGAAACUGAAGAAAUGGAAGAGGUGUAAGAACUCCUGGAAAUAUGGACACGCAGACUGAUAACCCUGCAUAAAUGAACAUUUGUACUUGAGUAACAAGUGGGCCGUAGUAUGAGGAGGACACUGGGGGAGGACUUUAGUUCGGCCCUCCGACAGUCUGAGGGACCAUGAAUAUUGUUAUGUUCACCCCCUCCCUUUUUCCUGUACCCUAUUUGUAUAGAACCAAAAUUAAUAAAUAAUGUUAAAAAAAUUA